UGUGAGCUUCCUUCAGUUAAAGUUGUUCCUUCGACCAAGCACGACGUGGCGUAAACAACGAACUAGUUCCCGCCUAAAAAGACGUCUUGUAAAAUGGACCAGUUUCUGUUUUUUGUUUGAGAAGUCAAUACAAUAGAACUAUAGUAAGCAGUAUUGUUUGUUGUUAAGUAUCAUAUUAUCGUGUAUUUAUACUGUGGUAGAGUACUUUUGUACCAUAAUUUUUCGAAAUGCUGAACAGACACAGGACCAGUAGUUUUUUGUACUUUUUACUGCUUUCUUCCAUUGUAAAGUUUACGCUGGCUCAAGAAGACGUCAGUGAAUCCCCAACUAUUGGAACAGAAAAUCAGAAGGUAGUAGAACUAGAACUUACAACGACUAUUGCUAGUAACUUAAAAAAUGACCCAGUAUUUAGUUUAAGAACAACGACGGUUGUUUCUAGUACUGAGAAUAUAACACCGGGUUCUACACAAACUCAGUCAACGUUAAGUGUCAUUAACAAUAUAGCGCAAUCAGAGAGGAAUGAAGAAUUUACCACUACAGCCAAUACAACAUCGUCUACGAGUCUCAUUUCUUCUCCAAAUUCAACAGAUGGCGCAAAUAAUAUAGAAGAUCGCUCCAGUUCUACGACACAAUAUUCGGUCGAAGAAACGACAACAAUGAGUACGAUGCAGCCAUCUGUGUUGAGAAGUGAUAUCAUAUUAAAUGUUGCAGAGGAUAAAAAUGAUUCCCCGACAGAAAAUGUGACCAAAGAAACAACAAAAAGAACAAUAAUAAAGGAUACGACGUUUGUUUCAACCGAUAAAACGGAACUAAUGACAGAAUCCUCUAUACGAGAAGCAACCACAACACUGGUAAACGUACAACAAUUAUCUACUGAAGAAAAUACAAGUACAAACACUGAAAUAACUGACAAGGAAACACCAACAAUAGAAGAGAUGCACACUGAUCAAACUACAGUAACGGAUCCAGAGAUAAUCAUCGACAAACAAACCUCUUCAGCUCCUUCCUUCAGCAUAGUAAAUGCGAUGGAUGACAACCAAGACAAUAUAUCAACAUCGACCAUUGAAGAGCCAAUGUUAAACGACAAAAGCAAAACGCCAUCUUCGUCUACAACACAAUUUUCAAUAGCUACGGAAACAACAGAAGUUUCAACCCAAAUAUAUACAGAAAGAGCAAACGAAAAUACUAACUUCCCAGAAUCAACUAUUAGCACAGUUACAACCCCAAAUCCAAUAUCAGUUCCAAUAAAAUUUGAUAUCAAUGAAACUGAAAAGUUUCUUAGAAAAAUGCCCCAACAAUCCAUAGAAACUUCAACCAUGACAGAGACCACAAAAACAGAAGAAGACAUUGAUCUAGUACAAGUCCAAUUACAUGAAAAAGACUUAGACCAAAGGCAAGGCAAAGUUUUAAAUCCUGAAGAACAACAUGUAGGACUUUCCACCAACUCCUGUACGUGUGACGACAACAUUCCUGCUUCUAUUGAUGAAACAAGUUGCCUUGGUAACCGUAUUCUUUUUCAUCCCAACUGUUCCUGCAGGAAGCUGUGCUUUGGACAAUCUGGUCAAACCUGUUCUUCGUCUCGACCUUGUGACAUAGAGUUUGGACUUUUUUGUAACCCGGAUAUUAACAUCUGCCAGGGACAUAUUUUUAUUCAAACGCAAGAAGUGACCUCCGACUCGAUAACUAUCCAAUGGAAGCCGGAGUUUGCUAAUGCAACAGUGACGUACGCUACGAGUUACGAAAGGAUCGGUGCUACAAACUGGAUGUCGGUGGAGACCCAAGACUCGUGGGCUCAGAUUCGAGGGUUGACUCCCCGUACGGAGUACUUUAUACAAGUAUCAGUUGGAAAUAAACAUGAAAUAGUUGUACUGAAGACAAAAGAUUAUGUUUAUAUCUGGUUAACCCUUGCUUGGGAUGACUUCAAACUUCCUAACUACCAGGCUGGUUAUAUUGUGGAAUACAGAACCAAGGAAGGGGAGGACGGAAAACCAGGAGAGUGGAUACAAAUUCAGGGCACCAAUUUCCCUCUGCUGUCAAUUUCUCGACUACGCCCUCUCACGGCCUAUCAAGCUCGAGUAUCCGUGUGGGAGGACGAAAAGAUAGGUACUUCCUCCGAAGUCGUUACUGUAUUUACUGAAGGUCAGUAA